AUGUCAUGUCUUAUGAUGUUCGCGACGCGAUUGGCGACAUUCAUACUGACUUGGGGCUCAUUAGACAGCUGUGUCCUGGGCGCAGUGGGAGGUGGCCAAAUUUCUGCUGGACUUCGGCGCCGACCCGAUUCAGGCGACUACAGAUGGAUGGACUCCUCGACCGUGCAGUACGAGAAGCCUGCUGGUUGGUUUGAAUGUACGCAAGAAGUGCACGAUAUCAUCCAGGGAUUUUUGGGGUGCCUCAAAAUGCAGCACAGCUGGCCCAUCUUUGAAUCCAAUGUAGAGGAUCCAGGCGAGGCCGAGAGAAGCGACCAGAAAACUCAAGACGGCUCAAGCAGCGCAGACGACGUCUACGAUGACGCCCGGUCGGCCUGGUCUCAUGAAGGCGUCUAG